CCCACCGUGCCCACUGGUGUCACCCAGCUCCAGGACCUCAUACCCACUGGGGUCACCCAGCACCCGGCUCCAGGACCUCAUACCCACUGGGGUCACCCAGCACCCGGCUCCAGCACUUCAUACCCACUGGGGUCACCCAGCACCCGGCUCCAGGACCUCAUACCCAUUGGUGUCACCCAGCACCUGGCUCCAGGACCUCAUACCCACCGUGCCCAUUGGGGUUACUCCAGAACCCGGCUCCAGGACCUCAUACCCACUGUGCCCAUUGAUCACCCUGCACCGUGCCCACUAGGGUCACCCCAGCACUCGGCUCAAGGAUCUAACACCCACCGUGCCCAGUGACCACCCUGCACAUUGGGGUCACCCUAGAACUGGCUCCAGGACUUCACACCCACCAUGUGCCCCCAGUCUGCGGAACGGACCCGAUAACUGCGCCCGGGACGCAUGUGGAGAGGAUGCGCCCAGUGAAUGCGGAUGCGCCAGGCGCAGUGUGAGCGCACAGGGAUUCCUGCCUUUCUGCCCUGCUAGGAUGAGGGCAGCUGUGGCUCUUCUGACCUCCGGGCUCUGCCUGAUACUGGGGGGCAUCUUCUGGGCAUGGAGAGACUCUCACCCCGCUGAGCCCCCAGGACCCAUCCCUAGGAGAGCGCCCCGGUCUCUGCGUCCCCCGGUGCUCCUGCCCCAGAGCCCACCAGUGACCUCCCCCUCCCCGCAGCCAGGCGCACAGGGGGCAUCUGCGGGCACCACCCUCACCCUGGAGCAGGGCAUCCUGUGGCCCCGGGCGCUGGAGAGGGCGCUGCCCCGGGGUUUCCCGGAUGAGUCCUCCCUGCAUUGGCAGCAGUGUGCCCGGGCGGCCAGCGUGGUGACCCUGGAGAGGGGCUGCGGGCGCAGCACCAACAGACUGGCCACCCUGUCCGACGGGAGCCGGGCGUGUGUCCGCUAUGGCAUCAACCCGGAGCAGAUCCAGGGCGAGGCGCUGUCCUUCUACCUGUCCCGGCUCCUGGGGCUCCGCGCCGUGCCCCCCUGCGUCCUAUCCAAGGUGGGCAGCGCCCAGUGGGACCCUGUCCAGGCGGAGCUCGGGGCCACAGGCUGGGUGCCGGGCUCCCUGGUCACCAUCACCCCCUGGCUAUACAACCUGAGCUCCGUGCUGCCCCCCCUGGCCCUGCGCGCCCAGGACGGCCGGCUGCGCCCCCUGCGCCAGGAGCUGCGCGCCGGGCCCGGCAUGGUGGAACUGGCCCAGUGGGGCGACCUCAUCCUCUUCGACUACCUAACGGGCAACUUCGACCGGCUGGUCAGCAACCUCUUCAGCCUACAGUGGGACCCGCGGGUCAUGCUCCGCGGAACCAACAACCUACACCGCUCCCCCGACGGGACCCUGGUUCUGCUGGACAACGAGGCCGGCCUGGCCCACGGCUACCGGCUGCGGGACACCUGGGACAAGUACAACGAGCAGCUGCUGGCCACGGUGUGCCUGUUCCGCAGGGGCGUGGUCAGGAGGCUGCGGGAGCUCCACCUGGCGCGGAGCGCGGCCGAGGAGCUGCACGCGCUGUACAUGGCCGGGGAGCCCCUGGCCGCGGAACUCGGGGUGUUGACUGAGCCGGAGGCGCAGGUCUUGCAGGACAGGGUGGGGGUCAUCUACAGACACAUACAGAACUGCCAGGGCAGGUACAGCUGAUGGGGGGCAGGGGGUGGCACCCUGUGUGCGGACAGGACCACCUGGUGUGGGGCAGUACUGGCCGAGCUGGGGGCAGCUGAAAGGGGUUUUUACUGUAAAAGUGUUGGUGCUGUAGACAAGAGAGGCAAUUACUACUGAGCUGAAUGUAAAUGUGUGCUGGAGUUUGGGGGGCACAGUGAUGUAAAGUGGGGUUCUAUGGAUCAUAGGGAAAUGUCAGGUGGCCCCUGGCUGAUUACUGGUUCCCGGCUGCUCCCAGUGUUGCAUAGAGCCAGAGGACAAUAAUGAGGUUAUUAUGACAGCUGUAGAUAAGUGGGGGUCCCAGAUUGUUCCACCUGGUAGGAGACGCUAAAUAAUCAGUGUACACUUACUGUAUGGCUGUGUCAGGGUGGUCACUGGGUCAGGGCAGGAAGCCACAAGUCCCGGUGCUGAUGGCUACUUACCUGCUGAUUGAGGCUGCACAGAACAGAGAGUUUGGCCAGCAAUAGGGGAACAAUGGCCCCUUACAGAUAAUACAGAACGCCGUAGGUGCCAGGGCGCAGCCCCAUCCAGGGCACUUAUCUAGGAGAGAGGUUGGUGUUAGCUGGUGUGCCAAAAUCCAUGUAUCACAACCAGCAUCAGGGGCUUCAAUAUAUGCUGGAUACUAAUGUCCUUUUUCACAGACCUACUUACCCCUUACCUAAGUACAUACAGGCUGGACAGGGAUUUAUAACUUCAAAGACCAGUUUUUCUUAAAGCUAUACGAUCACCACUCCCUUCAUUCAUUCAUUCAAGAGCAGGGAUUGGGGGAGGGGGGCAGAACCCUAAUACCCCUAAGUACAGCUGUACUAGAGAACACUGAUACCUGAGAGGUCAGUUAUCCCAAAACAUCAACCAUCGAUGGGAUCCAAGAAUGAUAUUUGGUGUUGUAUUAGCCCAUAGAAAUUACAUUGUAUCAUAUGAUUAUAAACAACAACAAACACAUUUAGGAGUCUAUUUACUAAGUCUUGGAUGGAGAUAAUGUAGAUGGAGAUAAAAGGACCAGCCAAUCAGCUCCUAACUGUCAUGUUUAGGCUGGGUUUGGAAAAAUGACAGUUAGUAGCUGGUUAGUUGGUACUUUAUCUCCAUCCAAGGCUUUAGUACAUAGACCCCAUACAGUAGUUUAAUAAGACGCGUGCUCAACAUCACAGACAGAUUAUCGGUAAUACCCUUGGUCCCGAUUAGUUUGGGUCAUCGAUGUGUGACUAUGUAUAAUGUAAGCUUAUUGGUGACUCUGGGGUAGAUGUACUAAAUCUUGGAUUGAGAUAAAGUGGUGAGAGAUAAAGUACCGGCCAACCAGCUCCUGACAUUUUUCAUACUCAGCCUGUAACAUGGCAGCUAGGAGCUGAUUGGCUGCUACUUUAUCUCUCUCCACUUUAUCUCUCUUCACGGCUUAGUACAUCUGCCCCUAAAGCGGUUUGGUUUCUAUAAGUGACCUUUACACUUCACAAUUCUUUGCCGUGCCUCACUGCAGCCAAUCAGAUUUCCGCUUUGAUGCGACUCCUGAAAGCUAGAUUAAUGAGUGUAAAUGUCUAGUUGCUAUGUCUAGUUGCUAUGGGUUACGACUAUGUAUUAUGACUGUGGGUGACGGCACACCCACUCAAUGUGAGUUAUAGUGAUCGACAACGUAUGGGAAUUUACCAAAAGAAAAUGUACAAUUCUGGGCUAAUGUUUCUGCUGAAGACAAAAAAAAAAAAAAAAGUGAUUUUUCCAAAAAUUUAAGAUAUGAAAUGAGUUUUUUGUACAUAAGAUGAUGUAUCAGGCAGAGGAAGAGGAUGUAUCAGGCAGGAUGUAUCAGGCAGAGGAAGAGGAUGUAUCAGGCAGAGGAAGAGGAUGUAUCAGGCAGAGGAAGAGGAUGUAUCAGGCAGGAUAUAUCAGGCAGAGGAAGAGGAUGUAUCAGGAAGAGGAUGUAUCAGGCAGAUGAAGAGGAUGUAUCAGGCAGGAUGUAUCAGGCAGAGGAAGAGGAUGUAUCAGGCAGGAUGUAUCAGGCAGAGGAAGAGGAUGUAUCAGGCAGAGGAAGAGGAUGUAUCAGGCAGAGGAAGAGGAUGUAUCAGGCAGGAUAUAUCAGGCAGAGGAAGAGGAUGUAUCAGGAAGAGGAUGUAUCAGGCAGAGGAAGAGGAUGUAUCAGGCAGGAUGUAUCAGGCAGAGGAAGAGGAUGUAUCAGGCAGGAUAUAUCAGGCAGAGGAAGAGGAUGUAUCAGGAAGAGGGUGUAUCAGGAAGAGGAUGUAUCAGGCAGGAUGUAUCAGGCAGAUGAAGAGGAUGUAUCAGGCAGGAUGUAUCAGGCAGAGGAAGAGGAUGUAUCAGGCAGAGGAAGAGGAUGUAUGAGGCAGAGAAAGAGGAUGUAUCAGGCAGAGGAAGAGGAUGUAUCAGGCAGGAUGUAUCAGGCAGAGGAAGAGGAUGUAUCAGGCAGAGGAAGAUGAUAUAUCAGGCAGAGGAAGAGGAUAUAUCAGGCAGGAUGUAUCAGGCAGAGGAAGAUGAUAUAUCAGGCAGAGGAAGAGGAUGUAUCAGGCAGAGGAAGAGGAUGUAUCAGGCAGGAUGUAUAAGGCAGAGGAAGAGGAUGUAUCAGGCAGGAUGUAUCAGGCAGAGGAAGAGGAUGUAUCAGGCAGGAUGUAUCAGGCAGAGGAAGAGGAUGUAUCAGGCAGGAUGUAUGAGGCAGAGGAAGAGGAUGUAUCAGGCAGGGGAAGAGGAUGUAUCAGGCAGGAUGUAUCAGGCAGAGGAAGAUGAUAUAUCAGGCAGAGGAAGAGGAUGUAUCAGGCAGGAUGUAUCAGGCAGAGGAAGAUGAUAUAUCAGGCAGAGGAAGAGGAUGUAUCAGGCAGGAUGUAUCAGGCAGAGGAAGAGGAUGUAUCAGGCAGGAUGUAUCAGGCAGAGGAAGAGGAUGUAUCAGGCAGGAUGUAUAAGGCAGAGGAAGAGGAUGUAUCAGGCAGGAUGUAUCAGGCAGAGGAAGAGGAUGUAUCAGGCAGGAUGUAUCAGGCAGAGGAAGAGGAUGUAUCAGGCAGGAUGUAUCAGGCAGAGGAAGAGGAUGUAUCAGGCAGGGGAAGAGGAUGUAUCAGGCAGGAUGUAUCAGGCAGAGGAAGAUGAUAUAUCAGGCAGAGGAAGAGGAUGUAUCAGGCAGGAUGUAUCAGGCAGAGGAAGAUGAUAUAUCAGGCAGAGGAAGAGGAUGUAUCAGGCAGGAUGUAUCAGGCAGAGGAAGAGGAUGUAUCAGGCAGGAUGUAUCAGGCAGAGGAAGAGGAUGUAUCAGGCAGGAUGUAUCAGGCAGAGGAAGAGGAUGUAUCAGGCAGAGGAAGAGGAUGUAUCAGGCAGAGGAAGAGGAUGUAUCAGGAAGAGGAAGAGGAUGUAUCAGGCAGGGACUGGCUCAGAUCUAUACCAGCGUCGUCUUCUUCUUUUGUGUUUCUGAUACAGGGGGUAAUUCCAAGUUGAUUGCAGCAGGAAUUUUGUUAGCAGUUGGCCAAAACCAUGUGCACUGCAGGGGAGGCAGAUGUAACAUGUGCAGAGAGAGUUAGAUUUGGGUGUGGUGUGUUCAAUCUGCAAUCUAAUUUGCAGUGUAAAAAUAAAGCAGCCAGUAUUUACCCUGCACAGAAACAAUAUAACCCACCCACAUCUAACUCUCUCUGCACAUGUUAUAUCUGCCCCCCCUGCAGUGCACAUGGUUUUGCCCAACUGCUAAAAAAUUUCCUGCUGCGAUCAACUUGGAAUUACCCCCACUGUUUUUUUCCCUUUCAAUUGAAUCACUAAAUGUUGCACAAUCGUUUUGUAGAAUGUACAAUUUAGGACCAAACUCCCUUUUCCUGAGAUCCUCACUCAGUGAAGGAAGCCGUUCUGUGUGCUGAACCAAUAUUCAGCCUGCCACUUGAGGCACUGGUGACAUCAGCGAGGCACUAAAUGGCUCGUGCCUCAAACAUGUCACUAGCUCCUGGCACGCUGAUUUGGCUGCAUUCCCAUGCACAUUGUUUCAGAUCACAAAAUGCUCCCUCUGUAAAGGAAUAAAUAGCAUUUAUGACAUGUUAUUAUUGGCACUUUUUUCUGUUUUGUUAUAUAAAUGUGUUUUCUUCUAAGCCCAGCGUGAGCUGUAGAUGGAGACGGAUGGGAACCUCUGGGUUUAUAGUGGUUUUAAUGCUACGUUAGAUACUGUCGUUUGUCGAGUCUAUUUAAAAGUGUUGAGAAUUUCCAGCAGAUGGGGCGAGUGCUGGUCCGAGAUAACAGCUAAGGCCCUAUAAUGUUAUAUGUGAUUUACAUAAAGAGUAACGGCAGAUGGUGAAUAAUAUUUAACCUACAUUAAAGCAGCGUCACGUGGCGCUGGAUUGUGGUAAGCCGGGCUGUUAGAAGAGAUAAUUGUCAUCCAGCCAUCACACAUCCUGCGGAAGCCAGGUUCAGAUGAAUACACUGUAUCGCAACAUGAAUGAUGGACGUUAUCUUCUUUAUAUUUCAAAUGGUUAAAAGUCGCAGAGGGGGCUUAUUUACUAAUGAUCAGCUUAAAAUACAGCCGCCGUUUCUGGGGGCUGUUCCUGUCGGUCCACAACUGCCAAACCAGCCAAUCAGACAUUGCGGGAUACCUGGGGGGGGGGAAUUUACUAAAUGUCGAUUUUAAUCGAUUUAAAAUAGAUGAAAAUCGAUCUCAGUCGUUGGGUUUCAGGGGCUGAGACUCACAUUUGCUAACACAUGAUUUUAUAUAUUCAUUUUUACCUAUUAAUAAAUGUGUUUUGGUCCCGGACGUACAACAUCAAUUUUGAUUUUAAAUCAGUCAAAAUCGACCUUUAGUAAAUUUCCUCCUGGACUACUUAGCCUCGGCGGAACCCCGGAACUGCAUGCGGGAACUAUUUUCCCUCCUCCGUUCCUGUAGCUGUGGUUUGUGUCCGCGUGGACUGUAAGAAGGCUGAUCAGUGAGCGUAUUCCUGUACUAUACUGCAGAAAUGGGUUCCGGUAUGAAUGGUCGACCAUGUUAUGGUCGACAGUCAUUAGGUCGACAUUGACAUGGUCGACAUGGACACAUGGUCGACACAUGAAAAUGGUCGACCGAUGAAUGGUCGACACAUGAAAAGGUCGACAUGAGUUUUUUACCUUUUUUUGGUGUCGUUUUUUGCGUAAUGUGACUGGGAACCCCAAUUAGUGCACCGUGUCCCCUCGCAUGGCUCGCUUCGCUCGCCAUGCUUCGGGCAUGGUGCCUUCGCUCCGCUACCGCUUCGCUUGUCACAGAUUACCGUUCCAAUCGUAGUCCACGUGGAUCGUAAAGUAUGGAAAAGUUCCCCAAAAGAAAAAAAAGUAAAAAAACUCACGUCGACCUUUUCAUGUGUCGACCUUUCAUGUGUCGACCAUUUUCAUGUGUCGACCAUGUGUCCAUGUCGACCAUGUCAAUGUCGACCAAUAGUGGUCGACCUAAUGACUGUCGACCAUAACAUGGUCGACCAUCUGAACGGAUACUGCAGAAAUGGAGGUGACCCGGGAAAUUCCAGAACGUGGGUCACAGGGAUCCACUAAGGGCAGGGAGUAGGUCCGCGACUGCCAUGGCCCAUAGACGGCCUGUCCACAUAGGUUGGUGGUCAAAUUUGGUAUAUGCGGGUCUUCUACUGGAAGCCGUGGCCCCUAGUUACUGUGACUGACCGAUGCCCACAUGCGCUGUGGGUAGUGGUCAUUCUCCAGCCACAUUUUCCAGUGAUCCAGAUUGGCAUCUGGUAGAUCCAGGUGUUAAUUAGGGUCAGAGGUCACUUUGUCAUGCCCAAAUAUAAUGAGGCUAAUGUGUGAAUCUCUGCAUGUAUGGGCACCCCCAGGCCUCGUAUACAGGAGAUAGAGCCAGAGCUGUAAUAUCCAGCGUACAGGUAAAUGACGUCUCUGUGAUCACUAUACCAGCCAGAUGCAGACCGUAUGGGGCUAUAGGUAAGAUACAGGUUCGGGCCUCUCUCCACUACGUCAUACAAUACAGGUUACGGCCACACAGGCCCCUCAGUGCUUACUGGGCCCUAGACCAGAGACUAGGUUGUAUAGUGGAUAAUCCGGCUAUGCUCGCUAUAGCGCUCCAAAAUAGUACAAGUUCCAUUCCUCGUGUGUCCCGAUGUUACUGUACGCGAGUACAGAGGUUGUCUAUACCAUAGAGCGGAAAGGUCCGUAUAGUCACGGCUAAUCUAGCAGUAUCCGCCUGGACCGAACCCGAUUGCGCCCGAUAUAAAACAUUUGAAUGUGUUACACUGUAUACGUCUAAUGUGCACUGAACUGAUCACGGCUAAUUGUGUGUGGGUUGCACGGGUUUGGUUGCGGUAGGUAUAGGCGAAUUCCGGCACCAAUUUAAUAUAUUGUGUGUUUCUGUAGCCUAAUGAGGAGAUUGACCAAAACCGUGCACUAAAUGUAUAUGGAAUAAUAAUAAAAAAUUAGAACUUUAAAAAAAAAAAAAAGUCAAGAGAAAUAGCCCCCGCCGGAUUCAUUAUCCGAUAUGUGAUCGUUAUCAUAAGACGAUCAGCCAAUGAGUCACAUCGCACCGGGACGGCUGGGCCGCUCUACUGUCCUUGUCUCGUCUGCAUAUCAUUGUCAUUCUUGUGAUUAUGCGUUUAACAAUCACAGAAGUUUCACCCCUGGCUAUUUAUAGCCCGUCGCUGAGGGAUUGGCGCCUCGGCUGUAACACGUGGAGGGGAAUCACGUCCCCGCGGUCUGAUGGCAAGGUCUGGUUGUGGGGAAAGAGGCGGCAGGGGGUCUGGCACAGGCCUCAGUGGGCUCUGUUACCUCAGGGAGGCACGGCUAUGGCUGGGAGGCACUGAUAAAUGGGCCUGAGGCACCGGUGAAGCGUAAGUGCUGUUGACCUCUGGGUCUGUAGCGUCAGAAUGAGCGCAGCUUACUAACUCAUCCACAUCUGGCAGCGGGUGAUCAGGGGUGAGUUAUGGAGUGCGCCGUGGUCACAGACUGCUCUCUGUCAGCGCUCUGAGCCGUGUCGUCUGCUUAUCUGCCUGGAAAGUGCACAGACAGCAAAUCUCAGAGCUGGGGAGAGGUGUGCGCAGAUCCUCUCCGCAACCUGCCUGGGGCUUUCACUCCUUAACCCUUAAGCUGUGUACACACCGUGAGAUUUCCAUUUUGACUAUAUACAGAAAGUGAAAAUCGGUGCUUCUGGGCUCUGGGGGGGGAGUUCAAGGGAAAUCGCACAGUCAAAAUCGGGCAUAGCAGGGAUCUCGCCGUUACAGUAGACGAGCAGGACUGUAAUCCCUAUGUUACAGCCAUGCUGGGGUGAUCCCAGGUUCUUUUAGCACAGGGCUUCUCAGAUCCAGUCGUUGGGACACACUGACAGGGCAUGUUUUCCAUAUCUCCUUGCUGGAGCAUUCAUUACUGACACUUGUGAUUCCGUGAGGAGACCUGAUAAACAUGCCCUGUUAUGUCGAGGACUGGAUUUGAGAAGCACUGUUUUAGGAGGAUGUCGACCGGUGACUCUUCAGCUGGCGUGGAGAUACAGAUUCCAGGACAUGCUGGGACUUGUGCUUCCACAUUAGCUGAUGGGCCUCACUUUGCCUGAUCCCGCUUCACACUCUUAAACUACCAAUCCCAGUGCAAACAGCCAUGUGAUUCCGCUACAUACUGUACAUGUCUGUUUAUCCCAGGCCACUACAUAAGGCCCCUUGUGUCCAAUCUGACCAAUACAUUUAUUCGGUGGGUGUACCAAACAGACUUGUUGAUAAGUGAGGGCUUCGUUUGCCCACCUGCCAACAGUCCCUGUUUUUGACACCCUAAAAGUGGCAUGGGAGGUUCGAGGGGCACAGCACCAUCAAUUAUGUAAUUCUGCCAUGCCUCCGCCUGCUCGAUGCUGCGAUCUGAAUAGCAAAGGUAAUGAACCACAAUGCCAUUGAAUAGCAAAGGUAGUGAACAGCAAUGCCAGUGUUCAUUAUGAAACGCGUCAUGGUGCCUCCACAUGGCCCACUUCCACCAGUGGCUCAUAGAAGCAGGUCUCCCUGACAUCCUGGGAGAGUAGGUAGGAAUAUGUAAAUCACACUAAGCAGAAGGGGCCUGAUUCAUGUUUGUAAGUAAAGCAAAAAAAGCAAGUAACUGGGUAAAGUCAUGCUGCACUCUAGGUGGGGCAGAUGUAACAUUUGUAGAGAGAAUUAGCUUUGGCUGGGGUGUGUUCAAACUGAAAUCUGAACUGCAGUGCAAAAAUAAAAGCUAAUUUGUGAGCUAUGUCCAAAAGCAGCCAGUAUUUACCCUGCACAGAAACAAUAUAACUCACCCAAUCUCUCUCUGCACGUGUUACAUCUGCGCCACCUGCAGUGCAGCAUGACUUUGCCCAGUUUGCUGUUUUUCUUGGCUUGCAAACAUGAAUUAGGCUGAUGAUCCAUUUCCUUUACAAGCUGGAGGUCAGAAUAGGAGUUGUAUAAAUAAGGUUCCAAAGCCAAUCAUAUGGUUCAAAGGCUAAUCAUAUGCCAAGGUGCCCCUUAGAAGCUGGUGCCACGCCAGACGCCCACCCAAUAAACAGCCGACUGCUGGAAGCCUGGAGACGCACCUGAGCAGAUUGCUGUAACACACACACAGUCCUGGUUAAAGCACUUUAUUUCUUUUACCUGUAUUUGUUCAUUUUCUAGACAAUAUACUGUUUAUCUCAGAACACUUGGAGUACUUUGACAUUGUACUGUGUAAUACCGAAUAAAGCUGCGGAAAUUUGAAUAUAAA